AUUUUCCUUUGGUCGUCGUCGUCCCACCUCGCAUCAGUCAUGAGGACAUUUACUAAACUAGUUGAGCAUGCUCCAUGAUACCUCCCAUGUAUUCAUUUACUAUCAGAAACACUUCAUUUACUAAGCCCUUGGGUCCAGAUUUGCAUGCGGUCAAAACUAUUUCACUCCCAUUGUAAGGUGCAUCUCAGACUGGCAGAGUUAUGCUUCGCAGUAACUGUCACUCGCGCACUCGGAUCCAUCUCCCUUCAUGCACUUCCUUUCCAUUGCACUACUUUCUCCAGAUCCAUCCCACGUGCUGACAACACCACCAGGGAAGUUGGCUCCGUUUUCUGGAAUGCACCAAAUGAUCUUUUGCGCGGGGAGCUUAAUGUUCGCUUGGAAGGCGACCCUAGUGGGAGUCAGUGGGCUCUGACACUUGUAUCGCUGAGAUGGAGUGCACCCAGCCCGGACAUGCAACUGGAAGAAGUAUUGCUACGUGCCAUGGUCCGUGUACAGUCCACGAACUAAAAUGUUGAUAUAUGCACUGUCGCUCCAUUGGCAAAACAUAGCAAACUAUGUGCUUCAAAAUUUGACGGGGUCGCUUCUUUAACCAGCAUAUGACACUGCCUCUAAUGACAUGCAGUGCAAGGAAGGAGCCUGUAAAUACAGCAUAUGAACCCUAGCGUCUAUUAGGAGGUCUCUCCACCGCUUCCACUAUCUUCGCUAUAGAUUUUACCCAUUAUCAAACCUAGCCUCUAGCUCAUUGUACUACCAUCUGGAAGCGCAGCGUCCUUUCGACAUUUCAGACGGGCGCGAAGGAUCCACCACAAUAUGGUGCACAAUACCGCCAGGAUGCACUUUGGGAAGGUGAGCAGCUACCUUAUGAUACCCACCACUUACUCAAUUAGAAGCAGGCGGGAAUGAAGCGC